AUGUUUCAUUUAAUAAAGCAUCAAUCAACCAGUAUAAAUUCUGGAAAUCCCGGAAAAGGGACAUUUACAGCUGAUGCUUUGUUUGAAGAAAGGCUUAAAAGUAUAGAGGAGAUCGCUAAUGAAACUUAUUUUCAAUCGGAAACGAUAGGCGCAAGCAGUGAAGAAAGAGUAUUGGAACUAUACAAAUCCAUUCAAAACUAUCAGACAUCGAUUUACGAUUUUGAUAAAUUGACACUAGAACAAAACAUAUAUUUAAGGAGAUCAAAUGAUUUGUUGAAGAAAUUAUUGGUAGAUCCUAAAACCCACUUUGAUGAGAUGUUGUUGAAAAAGCUAUUCAUAUCGCAACCGUUAUUUCCUACCCUAAAAGCUAUCAUAAAGGCUUACUACUCUGAAGGGCCAUCUGUUUGCAUCCCAUCAGCAUUGGCAUUAAUACCUUUUAGAAAGUUAAUCUGGGAUGCUGAUUUUCAAGAUGCGUUGGAUUACGUCGAGUUGACUAAUGGACACAAGAGAUAUAUUGAGAAUAGAAAGCGCAAUAUAAAACGUAUUUAUGCGUAUUUUGGUGGAUCCAUAGUUGGUCUUAUUGCUUGCAUUCAUGGUGCAGUAUCUGUUUUUUUCCCAGAGCUAAUAAGUGCUGGUGCCGGUGGAACGUCAUAUGGUAUCUACGGUAUCUACGCAUGCAUCGUGACGUACAUUGUCAAUUGUGGUUUUUUGGCAGGCUUAGCAUUCAGUUCAAAAGGUUUAGAAAACGGUAAUUUGAUGUUCAAGCAGUCAACAAUGCCACACGACUGGUACUUGAAGGUCGAUCAAAUGAAAAUGUGCUCCAAGAUUGUAGAGGCAGAUGCAGAAAUAAAUGGCAUGGAUGGAUUUGCGACCCGAGAUGUUGUGAGUCGAAUUCAAAAAAUGGGAUUCGAGGUGAAUGAGCCUGAACAAGAGAUUAUGCUAAGACAAUAUUGGUAUUCAUCAGGUGAGGGUUUUUUAUGGGUUGAGCCAGAUAUUGACCCCGCUGAAAUUGAAUGGUGGAAACACUUGGACGACAUCGGUGUGAAGAAAGUGUGGGAUCAAGACUUAAACAAAAUAGAAGAGGCAGAUGCUUCUGAAGAUGUCGAAGAUGGUGAUAAUGGUGCAGAAUUAUUCAUUUCUGAAGAUAAGAAAUAA